AUUCAUUUGGGAAAACAACUAUCAUCACACAAAAAACACAACUCAUCCAAUUGCAAGAAUUGAUCCUAGAAUAUACUGAAGAAUCGUGCGUGGAGUCAUUAUUUCAUCUCUAGUGCUAAACCUCGCCGAGAACAAAACAACACGACACGGAUUUGAAUUCCAUUCCAUAUAUUGGACAAGCUGCAGUAGGGACGGGAUAGCCUCCUGCCCAGCUGACGCCGGCGGUGACCUAGCUACAUGGCAAUUAACAUCAUCCAGAAAACCAAGCCCGCUAAUUAAGCUGCACAGUUUUUCAUUUGGGACUUUAAACGUGUUGUUCCGACAGUGUAGGCAACCUACUGGAUAGCAGGAACCAGGCUAGACAAGGCUACUUUUCAUCCUUUAACUGCCCCAGUCCGCUGUGUUAUUUGUGCAUGGAUUGAAUAACUUGAGGCUCAGUCGGAAUCUGCAAUGAUUUGCUCAGACUGGAGAAAGACCCGAGCCAACUGUGUUGAAGCCUAAAAGGAUGUACAGAUAGGACGGAGUUUGUUUGUGUGGAACCCGGACCCGCAUGCUGCUGUUCAGCCGUAGUCUUUUAGCCAGAUCAGACUAGGCCAACAGUAUCUCCUUUAUUAUUGAGUUACCUGCACAGUCGGGUAUUGAGUUAGUUACCUGCAUCGCUGGGCCGAAUGGAAACAUGAGUGAAACACAGUAAGGUGACGUCUCCGUCUUGGGGCCGUGGCAGCCCGGGCACAGACCAAGAUCUGUGUUGUGAAUGUGACAUCCAGCUUCAGCGGAGUAAUUAUUACCUCCGCCUCCUACGUUCAAAGGGGAAUAAAAAAUUGUUUUGUGUGUAGUUUCCUCGUGGUUGCUGUGUGGAGCCUGCCGCCACACACCCACUCCUCAACAACGACGGCUUUUGCUUGCAUCUUCCAGUGCUUCUUCUGUCAGCAAGUUCAGCAGAGCUGCUGCUCGUCCGCCGCUAGCCCGGACGCCGCAGCCCCCGGCACAUCAGCCAAUCACAGCCCAGAGCCCCGCCCAUGUGACAUGGUGAAGAUGACCAAGUCGAAGACGUUUCAGGCCUACCUGCCCUCGUGUCAUCGCACCUACAGCUGUAUACACUGUCGGGCACACCUGGCCAACCACGACGAACUCAUCUCUAAGUCAUUCCAAGGAAGCCAGGGGAGAGCCUACCUCUUUAACUCUGUUGUGAACGUGGGCUGCGGGCCGGCCGAGGAGCGGGUUCUCCUAACAGGUCUACAUGCCGUCGCUGACAUCUACUGUGAAAACUGUAAAACCACUCUGGGAUGGAAAUACGAACAUGCAUUUGAGAGCAGUCAGAAGUACAAGGAGGGGAAGUUCAUCAUCGAGCUGGCUCACAUGAUUAAAGACAAUGGCUGGGAGUGACAUCACUUCCUGUCUCCGGCCCUUUAAUGACCUCUGACCUAUCAGAGCUCUGGAUCUAUCAGACUUCACAGAGCGACAACCAAUCACCAUCAACCACCCACCGUGCCGCCCCCUCCUAACACAUACACAAACACACCCACACACACACAGUCCCUGCUGGUUGUGAAACUGAACAUGAUGCUGUUGAACUGGAGAGACGACUAGCCUAUUGGGGGUUGGACCUUCAGUGAAGACCACGUGAUCUCACCAGCCAAUGACAGACAGCUGGACUUGAAUUGGCUCCUCCUUCAUCAACCAGGCCCCACCCACCUCACUGGCAUUGGCACUUAGUUACACGGCUGCCAUGGCGAUGUGAGAGAGAGGAUAACAUGAUAACGUUAUACUACCCUCUUCCUCCUCUGACCCGGGAGGAAGAGGAGGUGUUGCAGGAAGGAAGGGGACAGGGUGGCACAGUGGGGGGGGGGGGGUUCUCCUUGUGUUUUAAUCUUUGAUUUAUUCGUGAAUAUAUAUAUUUUUUUCAAUAUUUUUUUUUCAGUCUUUGAUCUUUAAUGAUGACUUCACUGUGUGGGACGUCCCGGUAACACCCCAAAACGUACCCCGAGCAGAGAGGCGGGGAUAGAUUGAUAUUAUAUGUAGAUAGAUAUGUUUUAUCCAACAGCAUUGUGGCUGGCUCCAUAUAGCAACAGUACUAUUAGAUAAGGUUUACCAGAGGAGAUAGAGGGAGGACUAUGUUUCCCAAAUGGCACUCUCUGCCUUGGUGCACUACCCUAUGGGCCCUGGUCUAAAGUAGAGCCCUAUGUGGGGAAUAGGGUGCAAUUUGGGACACAACCUAGAACAGGCUUGACAACCACAGAACACACCCACGCUUCAUAUUGUGUUACAACCUGAACUAAACUAACCAUCACACCCACGCUUCAUAUUGUGUUACAACCUGAACUAAACUAACCAUCACACCCACGCUUCAUAUUGUGUUACAACCUGAACUAAACUAACCAUCACACCCACGCUUCAUAUUGUGUUACAACCUGAACUAAACUAACCAUCACACCCACGCUUCAUAUUGUGUUACAACCUGAACUAAACUAACCAUCACACCCACGUAGUUCACAACCUGAACUAAACUAACCAUCACACCCACAUAGUUCUCAACCUGAACUAAACUAACCAUCACACCCACAUAGUUCACAACCUGAACUAAACUAACCAUCACACCCACAUAGUUCACAACCUGAACUAAACUAACCAUCACACCCACAUAGUUCACAACCUGAACUAAACUAACCAUCACACCCACAUAGUUCACAUCCUGAACCAAACUAACCAUCACACCCACGUAGUUCACAUCCUGAACUAAACUAACCAUCGCACCCACAUAGUUCACAUCCUGAACUAAACUAACCAUCACACCCACAUAGUUCACAACCUGAACUAAACUAACCAUCACACCCACAUAGUUCACAACCUGAACUAAACUAACCAUCUCACCCACAUAGUUCACAACCUGAACUAAACUAACCAUCGCACCCACGUAGUUCACAUCCUGAACUAAACUAACCAUCACACCCACAUAGUUCACAACCUGAACUAAACUAACCAUCACACCCACAUAGUUCACAACCUGAACUAAACUAACCAUCACACCCACAUAGUUCACAACCUGAACUAAACUAACCAUCACACCCACAUAGUUCACAUCCUGAACCAAACUAACCAUCACACCCACGUAGUUCACAACCUGAACCAAACUAACCAUCACACCCACGUAGUUCACAACCUGAACUAAACUAACCAUCACACCCACAUAGUUCACAACCUGAACUAAACUAACCAUCACACCCACAUAGUUCACAUCCUGAACUAAACUAACCAUCACACCCACAUAGUUCACAACCUGAACUAAACUAACCAUCACACCCACAUAGUUCACAUCCUGAACUAAACUAACCAUGUACAUGUAUAGAGUGUAUUUAGAGAUAUGUGAUAUACAUUUGUAUGGACAUUUAUUCUCAUGCAUAUAUAUACAGGUAACUGCCAAAGUAAAGGAAACGCCAACAUAUAGCGUCUCAAUAGGGCGUUGGGCCUCCACCAAUCAGAACAGUGUCUGGAACUCUAUUGGAGGGAUGAGACGCCAUUCUUCCACGAGAAAUUCCAUCAUUUUGUGUUUUUUUUGUUGAUGGUGGUGAAAAACGCUGUCUCAGGUGUCGCUCCUGAAUCUCCCGGUAGUGUUCAAUUGGGUUGAGAUCUGGUGACUGAGACGGCCACGACAUAUGGUUUUUCACCCUAAGCAUGAUGGGAUGUUAAUUGCUUAAUUAACUCAGGAAACACCAGCUUUCAAUCCCUCCUUUCCUCCAGUGUUUCCAUUAUUCUGUCAGUUCCCUGUACAUAUACAGUAUCAUGUAUUGUAUGUAUAUGAGCAGAAUGUCUACUAGUGUGUUGCCUUCAACACAGUGGCAGACUGGAAGGCAGAUACUUAGUUUGUACUUUGCAGAGGCCUUUUGGUUCAUAGGUUUAGAGGCAAAAGUCUGUCUGUCUAUCUGUCUCUUUUAAGGCCUUUCCUCCGAUGAUUAAAAGAUUGUAUGAGAUGCUGAAUGAUAUUGGGGGGUUGCUGGCUAGAUCAUCUCCAUAUUAGUUAUUAGAUCAAUUAAAUAUCGCUGCUUUACUCGUUCCUACACGUCACCAAUCCUGCUUUACUCGUUCCUAUGCUUCCCCAAUCGGUGAUCCGACCUAAAUCAAGGGUUUAUAAUCUCACCCGAUUCACUUUAAAUCACUUUGAACAUCCUCGGCAUGAACAAUGUUCCCCUUUUCCACAGAAAACUAAAUAAAAAUGUUCAUCGCAAUUCUUUGCUGCUAUGAGAGAAAUUACAAUCCUUCAUCCUUUCUCUUCCCUUCGUUCUGGAGAUCUUUUUUUUGCACUUUAUGCCUGGCGCACGGUUGCACGGUAGCUUCUCUCUCUGUGUUCUCGUCCUCGUCGUUAGUUUGCCUCUAAGCUGAAUGAAUCGUGUGCCUCUCUUCCUAUUUUCACCUGACUUUCUCCUGUGUUGUGCCGUGCACAACUCUAAACUACGAGCCACCAAAAAAAGCUCAAACCCACAUCGAUAGAUACAAAUACAUAGAUUGAUAGAUGAAAACUUUACGGGUGGAACCUGAGCGUUCAAUGGCUGCUGUGCCUCAAGAAUAGUAGAUUAUAUAUAGGCUACACGUAUCGGUGUGGGGAUGGAUGUGGGGGGGGGGGGAUCAGACCUCGAUAAUAAUCUAUAUUGGUGUCGUAGCAGGUAGGGGGAGGGUUGGGGUUUUUAGAAUGAGGUGCGAUUGCUCACAUUGCCGACCAGGUCAGUCAGGUCACAUGACCUAUUAUUAACCCGUAAGACAAGGACAAUGCAAACCUGACGGAGUUGGAUGGUUAGAGAUCUCCUACUUGAAUAUAUAAAACCAGUACAGUACAGACCUGUUACAGUACAGACCUGUUACAGUACGGACCUGUUACAGUACAGACCUGUUACAGUACAGACCUGUUACAGUACAGACCUGUUACAGUACGGACCUGUUACAGUACAGACCUGUUACAGUACGGACCUGUUACAGUACAGACCUGUUACAGUACAGACCUGUUACAGUACGGACCUGUUACAGUACCGACCUGUUACAGUACGGACCUGUUACAGUACGGACCUGUUACAGUACGGACCUGUUACAGUACAGACCUGUUACAGUACAGACCUGUUACAGUACGGACCUGUUACAGUACAGACCUGUUACAGUACAGACCUGUUACAGUACGGACCUGUUACAGUACAGACCUGUUACAGUACAGACCUGUUACAGUACGGACCUGUUACAGUACGGACCUGUUACAGUACAGACCUGUUACAGUACGGACCUGUUACAGUACGGACCUGUUACAGUACAGACCUGUUACAGUACGGACCUGUUACAGUACGGACCUGUUACAGUACGGACCUGUUACAGUACAGACCUGUUACACUCUGUAUAUAGAGGAACAUAUUGAAGGUUUCUAUUGGCUCCUUUACUUCUUUGAUUCAACUGUACCUCUGGCUGUAAACACGUAGGGGUGUGUGUGUGUGUGUGUGUGUGUGUGUGUGUGUGUGUGUGUGUGUGUGUGUGUGUGUGUGUGUGUGUGUGUGUGUGUGUGUGUGUGUGUGUGUGUGUGUGUGUGUGUGUCUGUGUGUGUGUGUGUGUGUCUGUGUGUGUGUGUGUCUGUGUGUGUGUGGGUGUGUGUGUGUCUGUGUGUGUGUGUGUCUGUGUGUGUGUGUGUGUCUGUGUGUGUGUGUGUAUGUGUGUGUGUCUGUGUGUGUGUGUGUGUGUGUCUGUGUGUGUGUGUGUCUGUGUGUGUCUGUGUGUGUGUCUGUGUGUGUUUUUCCUCUAUUUUGCAUUUUACAUUUAAGGUGAUUAUAUAUUUUCCUCGUUUUCUUUUUGCAUCCGUUUGUUUAUGUCUCCCCUUCUCCCAGCGAUCUGGGGGCUUGACGGCCAGCCGGGGUUUAUAUCUCCCCCUCUCCCAGCGAUCUGGGGGCUUGACGGCCAGCCGGGGGUUAUAUCUCCCCCUCUCCCAGCGAUUUGGGGGCUUGACGGCCAGCCGGGGGUUAUAUCUCCCCCUCUCCCAGCGAUCUGGGGGCUUGAAGGCCAGCCGGGGUUUAUAUCUCCCCCUCUCCCAGCGAUCUGGGGGCUUGACGGCCAGCCGGGGUUUAUAUCUCCCCCUCUCCCAGCGAUCUGGGGGCUUGACGGCCAGCCGGGGGUUAUAUCUCCCCCUCUCCCAGCGAUCUGGGGGCUUGACGGCCAGCCGGGGGUUAUAUCUCCCCCUCUCCCAGCGAUCUGGGGGCUUGACGGCCAGCCAGGGGUUAUAUCUCCCCCUCUCCCAGCGAUCUGGGGGCUUGACGGCCAGCCGGGGUUUAUAUCUCCCCCUCUCCCAGCGAUCUGGGGGCUUGACGGCCAGCCGGGGUUUAUAUCUCCCCCUCUCCCAGCGAUCUGGGGGCUUGACGGCCAGCCGGGGUUUAUAUCUCCCCCUCUCCCAGCGAUUUCUUUAGAAAUGGUAUUAUUUUACUCUGUGUGUGUUUAGGUCCCUCUGGGUAGGGCUGGGGUAAAGGGUCCAUUAAACCCUGGUUUGGCCUCUAGAGCCCUAAUGUCUGACCUGUGCUGAGCUCUGUCGACUGUAGAAGUAUAUGGGGAGCUGGAUAAUCCCUCAAAUUUACAGAACAGAAGAGCGUUGACCUAGGCUCUUUCUUUCUUUCUUUCCAACAAUCAAUAUCCCCUGUAUACACCUUCUCUCUCUCUCUCUCUCUCUCUCUCUCUCUCUCUCACUCUCUCUCACUCUCUCGUUAAUCCAACUAGCACACAGGAAAAACAGUCACCAGUGUCACUGUCAGUUUAUACCAAAUAUAACAUUGUUACUAGAUUUCUAGAGAACUGGUGUCACAACUAAAGCUAAAAAGCCAAUCAGACAGGUGUGGUGGAUGUUGUUUGUUAGAGCUUUCAGACUCCUGGAGAUUCAGACCACUUGUACAAAAAACCAAAACCUAUUCCGGAACCUGUCAGGUGUGACUUCUCAGUAGUUCUCUAGAAUGUUCUCGAUCAUUCUGUAGAACGUUCUACAGUUGUUCUGUAUUCUGGAACUUCUUUCAGAAAUAAUGUCCAAAAGCCAGUCAUUUGCUGUGAAAGAUGAUUGUUUAUUUCCCCAGAUAUUAUUUGUUGUUUUGGUGACACUGGCUCCGACUUCUGACGUAAUUUUUUUUUUUAUAGAUCUACAGGAGAUAUUACCACAGGCUGUGUCCCAAAUCACAUUCCCUACCUAUUUGCUCUACUCUAUAAAGUAUUAUAGGGAAUAGGGUCCCGUUUGGGACGUUGGAACAGAGAGCUGAUGACGAGAUAAGUAUCGGAGAUGUUAUUAUCCCUGAGAAGAGAUGAUUAAAACUAUAUGAUAGGUAUACAAAGGAAAAGAUUGUAAUGUUUGAUAAAUGUGUUAAAAUUGUUCAACUGAAAAUAGGUUUAAAGUUUGCUGUAUUUAUAAUGGCUGUAUUAAGUCGUGCCUGGUUCUCUUUUUCUUCAAACACAUUAUAUACGCUUUCUUUUUACUUGACUACAAUUUAUUUUCCGUUCUGUAUGUAGGUUUUCACUGUAUUGUAAAAUGAUCAGAUAUCACAAUAAACUUUAAAUGGCAUUCGA